UAAAACAUCAAAUGAACUAUGGAAAGUCAGCGUGAGCUAAAACAGAAAAAAGCCCACAGCUUCAAGAAUCUAAUUAAUGGCUAAAUCCCGACGGUGAUGAAAGUGAAUUAACGGUGAAAAAUCCUCUGCAUCACUUCCCAGAUUCCCUCAAAAAAUGCGUUCCAAAGACAAGAUCUCCUACUUUUACGAUGGGGAUGUGGGGAAUGUGUAUUUCGGACCGAAUCAUCCGAUGAAACCUCACCGCUUAUGUAUGACCCAUCAUCUGGUUCUCUCCUAUGAACUCCAUAAGAAGAUGGAAAUUUAUAGGCCCCACAAGGCGUACCCUGUGGAGCUUGCCCAGUUUCAUUCAGCGGAUUAUGUGGAGUUUCUGCACAGAAUCACUCCGGAUACCCAGCAUUUGUUUCCCAAUGAGAUGACUAAAUAUAACCUUGGUGAAGACUGCCCUGUAUUUGAGAACCUGUUUGAGUUUUGCCAGAUUUAUGCUGGAGGAACAUUAGAUGCUGCAAGAAGAUUGAAUAAUCAGCUGUGCGACAUUGCUAUAAAUUGGGCUGGCGGAUUACACCAUGCUAAGAAGUGUGAGGCUUCUGGAUUUUGUUACAUUAAUGAUUUAGUCCUGGGGAUUUUGGAGCUUCUUAAGCAUCAUGCAAGGGUGCUGUAUAUUGAUAUUGAUGUGCAUCAUGGGGAUGGUGUGGAAGAAGCCUUUUACCUAACUGAUAGGGUGAUGACAGUCAGUUUUCACAAGUACGGGGAUCUGUUUUUCCCUGGAACUGGAGAUGUUAAGGAAAUAGGAGAGAAAGAAGGGAAAUAUUACGCCAUAAACGUGCCUCUCAAGGAUGGAAUUGAUGAUAGCAGCUUUACAAGAUUGUUCAAAACAAUUAUUGCAAAGGUGGUGGAGACUUAUUUACCUGGUGCAAUUGUUCUCCAAUGUGGGGCAGAUUCCCUUGCUGGAGACCGUUUGGGGUGCUUCAACCUUUCUAGUGAUGGACAUGCUGAAUGUGUCAGAUUCGUGAAGAAAUUUAAUCUGCCUCUUCUGGUAACUGGCGGUGGGGGAUACACCAAGGAGAAUGUUGCCAGAUGUUGGGCCUUUGAAACUGGAGUACUUUUGGACACAGAGCUCCCUAAUGGUAACACAUAGUUAUGUUAAUCUUGCUAUUUGAGUUAGAUAAAUUUUGUAGAUAAUUUUCUUAUAGGAGCUUGACAUAGGUGACUUUGUUUUCGUACAAUUAUUUAUUGGAGCUCAAAUCGCUUGAAAGAAAGCAAGGCUUCUGUUAUAUGAUUGAUAUCUUAAAUCACUUGGAAUUUUCUGCCUUCUCUUUUUGAAGUUUUAGAAAGUGGGCGUUGGAUACCUUAUGAGGGAUGCUUAGUCGGGUAACAUUCAUGGCAAGGGGUUUGUCCUUUUGCCUCUUGAAACAAUUGAAAUUAACUUUGGUUGAUGCUUUCAUUUGCAGAGAUUCCGGACAAUGACUAUAUUGAAUUUUUCAAACCUGACUAUUCUCUCAAGAUUCCUGGUGGCCUCAUAGUAAGUUCUUCUGUGUUGUUGAUUUGAUUAAUUGUGUACAUAAGCUUUUUGGUUAUCCGAAAGCUUUAAUUCACUCGAUCAUGCCAGCACAUUAUCCAUCCAUCAACUUCAUUUUGAUUCAAUGGUUAAUCAAUUGUGCCAUUUCCAGAUAACUGUUUGCCCAAUAAGUACGUUACCUAUCUUGUAAUUUCUGUGAUUGACAGGAGAAUUUUAAUAGCAAAUCGUAUCUUGGCAACAUAAAGAUGAACGUUCUGGAAAAUCUGAGAUACAUCCAGCAUGCUCCCAGUGUUCAGAUGCACGAGGUAAUUUUGUAGAAGAUCUCCCAGUUUCUAGCUAUUUUCAACAAUGGAGAUAGAUCUGUUUUAAUUUCACUAGGAUUAUAAUAGAAGAGUUAUAAAGAGAUUUGAAUUAGUGAUUUGAAUGAAUUCGAUUAGUGUUUGAUUUGACUUUUAACUGUAUGCACUCCAACUUUAUUUGUAUGAGAUGAUUUUUUCAAAGACCUGUUGUCAUUUGCUAUUUUUUCAGGUCAAAAGUUAUGCAUGUAUACAUGUAGGCAUUCAUGCCACCAAACUUGUUUGUCCCUUGUUGCAGGUGCCUCCAGACUUCUACCUUCCAGAUUUCAAUGAAGAUGAGCAGAAUCCGGAUGAACGCAUGGAUCGUAAGUUGAAGCUCCUUUCUUUUGCUUUAUGAUUGCUAUAUCAUUGUGUACUCUUCUAAUUGAAUUCACCCAUUCAGAACACACACAAGACAAGCAAAUCCAACGGGAUGAUGAAUACUAUGAAGGCGACAACGACAAUGAUAACCAGAUGGAUGAUUCAUGAUUUUUGUGUAAUGUAGAGCUAACAUUAGGAAAUUAUUCUUUUACAAGGAUCACAGCUUAGUUCAGAAGUAGAAUAGUGGACAUGACUUUCUGUAGAUAUCUGAUAGAAGAGCUGGUGCAACACCUCUUCUUUUGUUUAUAGUAGCUCUCUGGGUUGCACUUCCCUUCUAUGUAAAUUAUGAUGCUUUUGGGAAGCUUUACUGUUGGAUGCAUAUUCUGAUAUUCACGAGCAAUUUCGCCAACUUUUAGGAUGAGCUGUUUGGGCCAAUUUGAUGCAACAAUUUUAUAACCAGUCAUUAGGUGAAUGUUAAAGCAAAAUCUUUACUUUUUGU